AUGGGAGAAAUGCCCGCCGGAAAGAUCACCCUCGGGCGGUACAUGUGGGAGCGCAUACAUCAAAUCGGCGUUGACACAAUCUUCGGCGUACCAGGAGACUUCAACCUGCAAUUCCUCGACUACCUCUUCCACGUCGACGGCCUGAAAUGGAUUGGCAACAUGAACGAGCUCAAUGCCUCAUACGCAGCCGACGGCUACGCACGCGUAAAAGGCGUCCCGGGAUGUGUAGUCACCACCCAUGGUGUUGGUGAGCUCAGUGCUCUGAAUGGUGUCGCGGGCGCCAUGUCCGAGCAAGUCAAGAUCAUCCAUGUUGUUGGUCAGACUCCCCGACCCAUACAGAAGAAUCACAUGAUGAUCCAUCAUUCUAUUGGGAAUAAGCCGGAUCAUCAGCUUUACAACAAGGCUUCUGAGGGCUUGCGGUACGCGGCGGCUGAGCUGUGGGAUAUCGAGACUGCGCCGGCGGAGAUUGAUCGGGUCAUUCGGGAGUGCUUCCUCAAGUCUGGUCCAGUGUACAUUUUCUUGCCACUUGACCUUUCAAAGGAGCAUGUUGAUGCUAAGCUUUUGGACAACCCUAUCAACACGAAGCCGGACGUUGAUGAGGCGGCUCAGGAGAGGGCGGUCAAGGCUGUUGUUGAAGCGCUAAAGGAGGCCAAACAUCCGACUAUCCUGGUUGAUGCAUGGACACAGAGAUUUGGAGCGGCAGAGGAGGCGCAACAGCUUGUCCGGAAACUCCACGUCCCGUGGUUCUGCGCAAAUAUGGGCAAGGGCGUAGUAAGCGAAGACGACGAGAUGUACGUUGGUGUCUGGAAUGGAGAGGUCAGCACACCCGGCGUCAAGGAGGCAGCAAAAGCCGCUGAUCUAGUUAUCACUUUGGGCUACAUCCCCUGCGACACCAACUCCGCCGCCUUCUCGCGCCCUCUUUCCGAAGAGUCCACUAUCCACAUCAACCCACAUGACGUCGUAGUCAAAGGCCAAAUCUUCCCCAACAUGUCCAUCAAAUCCCUGAUCUCCUCCCUGUCCGCCGCUCUCCCCUCAAAGCCCCAGCACGCCAUCCCCAAGCCCCAACUCCCCGCGCCCCGAACUCCCUUAGACAAAGACGCAACCCAACUCACCCAAUCCUUCCUCUGGCCCGCCAUCGAAUCCUUCCUGCAGCCCAACGAUCUAAUCAUCGGUGAAACCGGCACCUCCAACUUCGGCCUGUGCGACAUCAAAUUCCCGCCCAACGCGCGCUUCAUCACGCAAAUCUACUACGGCAGCAUCGGCUUCGCGACCGCCGCCACGCUAGGCGUCGAAGUUGCGCGCUCUGAACUGCCCAGCACGCAACCCAGCCGGACGGUGCUGAUCACGGGCGACGGCAGCAUGGCGCUCACGAUCCAAGAAAUCGGCACCAUGAUCGCACAGAACCUGCCUAUCGUCAUCUUCGUCAUCAACAACGCAGGAUAUACCAUCGAGCGGCUAAUCUGGGGCGCAAAACAACCCUACAACGACAUCGUGCCAACAAACUACUCCCACCUGCUACCCCUUUACAACCACCCUGAUCCGGACAGCUCGUUCCAUCGCGCGAGCACAAAGGCCGAGUUGCAAACUCGUUGA